CUCCGCUCCAUUGUCUGGGAGCUGCCCCGCGGCCGGGCCGUGCGGCGGGCGCUGGCGGCCGGGACUCCGCCGCGGGAUCGGGAUCGGGAUCGGGAUCGGGGUCCGCCGGCGCCUGGCGGGCGCGGAGAUGCCGGGCGGCCCGCGGCCUGAACCGCCCGCCUAGUCCCGCCUUCCGUGGGGAGGACGCGCGCCCGGAUGGAGGGGCGCGGGGCAGCGGCCCCCCGGGGACCCUGCGCCCCCGGGCUCUGCCUCCUGGUGGCCCUCGCCCUGGACGUCGUGAGAGUGGGCUGUGACCCGGGCCCCCCGGACCCCGUGUUCCUGCCGGCCGCCCUGGAGCUCCUGGACGCCCCGGAGCACUUCCGCGUCGAGCAGGUGGGCCGCUACCCGCCUGCCAACUCCUCCCUGGGCGCCCGGUCCGAGACCUUCCUGCUGCUGCAGCCCUGGCCCCGGGCCCAGCCGCUUCUCCGCGCCUCCUACCCGCCCUUCGCCACUCAGCAGGUUGUCCCCCCUCGGCUCGCCGAGCCCCACCAAAGGCCGGUCCCGUGGGACGUGCGGGCCGUGUCGGUGGAAGCGGCGGCCACGCCAGCCGAGCCCCACGCCCGCGUGCUCUUCCACCUCAAAGGGCAGGAUUGGCCCCCGGGGCCGGGCAGCCUGCCUUGUGCCCGGCUCCAUGCCAUGCACCCCGCGGGCACGGCCCACCGCGCCUGCCGCUUCCAGCCAUCCCUGGGCGCCUGCGUGGUGGAGCUGGAGCUCCCCGCCCACUGGUUCUCCCCGGACGCCACGCGGGCCGAGCUGGCCUACACGCUGGAGCCCGCCGCCGCGGGUCCUGGGGGCUGCGGCCCUGGCGGGGAGGACCCUGGGGUGCAGGCCCUGCCGGUGGGCAGUGUGGAGCUGCGCCCGGCGGACCCCCCCCAGUACCAGGAGGUGCCCUUGGAUGAGGCAGUGACUCUGCGGGUGCCCGAUGUGCCCGUGCGGCCUGGCCAGCUCUUCAGUGCCAGCCUCCUGCUUCGCCGCAACUUCACAGCCAGCGUCCUGACCCUGCGCAUCAAGGUGAAGAAGGGGCUGCACGUGACGGCUGCCCGCCCAGCCCAGCCCGCCCUCUGGGCUGCCGAGCUUGACCGCCUCAAGGGCUCCAAGCACCACACCACCCUCAUCACCUGCCGCCGUGCUGGGCCCACAGGACCCGACGCCAGCCCCCGCGAGCUGUCCGAGUUCCUGUGGGUGGACUUCCUGGUGGACAACGGCACGAGCGGGGGCCUGGCCGUCACUCGCCCCGUCACGUGGCAGUUGGAGUACCCAGGCCAGGCUCCGGAGGCAGAGAAGGACAAAAUGGUGUGGGAGAUCCCGGUGUCGGAGCGGGACAUACGCGCCCUCGUCCCGCUGGCCAAGGCCGAGGAGCUGGUGAAUACAGCACCGCUGACCGGCGUGCCGCGGCGGGUCCCCGUGCGCCUGGUCACCGUGGACAGCGGGGGCGCUCUGGUGGAGGUGACAGAGCACAUCGGCUGCGAGUCGGCCAAUGCCCAGGUCCUGCAGGUGUCCGAGGCCUGUGACGCCGUGUUUGUGACUGGCAAGGAGAGCCGGGGCGCUCGCGGGGUGCGGGUGGACUUCUGGUGGCGCCGGCUGCGGGCCUCGCUGCGGCUGACCGUGUGGGCCCCGCUGCUGCCCCUGCGCAUCGAGCUGACGGACACCACCCUGGAGCAGGUCCGCGGCUGGAGGGUGCCCAGCCCGGCUGAAGGGGCGCCGGAGCCCGAGGCGGCGGCCGGGGAGGAGGCGGAGCGGCGGGCCCGGGGCUGCCGCCUGCAGUACCAGCGCGCGGGCGUGCGCUUCCUCGCGCCCUUCGCGGCCCACCCGCUGGACGGCGGCCGCCGCCUCGCGCACCUGCUCGGCCCCGACUGGCUGCUGGACGUGUCCCACCUCGUGGCGCCUCACGCCCGCGUGCAGGACCCGCGCGUGGCGGCGCUGGAGGGCGGCCGAGUCCUGGUGGGCCUGGAGCCCGGGGUCACCUCCAUCGAGGUGCGGUCCCCCCUGUCGGACUCCAUCCUGGGGGAGCAGGCGCUGGCCGUGACAGAUGACAAGGUCUCGGUGCUGGAGCUGCGGGUGCAGCCGGUCAUGGGCCUGGCCCUGGCCCUGAGCCGGGGCCCUGACCACCCUGGGGAGGUCACAGCCACGUGCUGGGCGCAGUCAGCCCUUCCCGCCGCAAAGCAGGAGGUGGCCCUGUCCCUGUGGCUGUCCUUCUCCGACCACACCCUGGCCCCCGCCGAGCUCUACCACCACCAGGACCUGGGACUCUCCGUCUCGGCCGAGGAGCCCAGCACCGUCCUGCCAGCCCAGGGGCGGGGUGCCCGGCUGGGGGUGGUGGUGAGUGGGGCGGGCACCGAGGCGCUGCCUCUGCAUGUGUCUCUGCACCCGCCGGAGCCCUGCCGCCGGGGCCGCCACCGCGUGCCCCUGGCCUCGGGCACCACGUGGCUCGGGCUGCCUCCGGCCCCCACCCCGGCCCCUGCCCUGCCGUCGAGUCCUGCCGGGAGCUCCCCGGCCACGGAGGCCAGUGUGGGUGGCGGAGGGCGGGCGGCGGGCAGUGUGGGGGGCAAGUUUGAGCGGACAGAAGAGGCCGGGCAGGAGGAGGAGGAGGAGGAGGAGGAGGCAGAGGCGAGGGGGGAGGAGGGGGAGGAGGAGGAGAUGGUCCCCGCCCCUCGGCGGGUCUCCAGCCUGGAGCUGGGCAUGUACGCCCUGCUGGGCAUCUUCUGCCUGGCCAUCCUCCUCUUCCUGGCCAACGGGAUCGUCUUCGUGCUGCGCUACCAGCGCAAGGAGCCCCCCGACAGCGCCCCGGACCCCGCCUCCCCGCAGCCCCACAACUGGGUGUGGCUGGGCACCGACCAGGAGGACCUGAGCCGCCAGCUGGACCGGCAGCCCCCUGGCCCCCUCGAAGGGGAGAGGGGGUGUCCCUGCGAGAGCGGGGGCGGGGAGACCCUAACCCUGGCCCCCGCACCCCCCGCGGGCACCCCCGGCACCCCCGGCGCCCCGGCCCGGAAAGAAGCCGGGGGGCGCCGGAAGCGUGUCGAGUUCGUGACGUUCGCGCCAGCGCCCCCGGCCCAGCCGCCCGAGGAGCCCGCGGGGGCCCCGGCCGUGCAGUCCAUCCUGGUGGCGGGUGAGGAGGACAUCCGCUGGGUGUGUGAGGACAUGGGGCUGAAGGACCCCGAGGAUCUCCGGUGCUACAUGGAGCGGAUCCGGGGCAGCUCCUGACCCCCGGCCCGGCCUCUGGCGCUCACCAACCCGUCCCCACCGGGCCCCUCCCACCCAGGCCGGCCCAGCCCUCUGCCGGCUCCCAUCACAGCUCCUGGUCGAGAGGAAG